AUGGAAGAUCCUACCGCAAGCAACGUGACACCUCCGGCGAAUUCAUCAUCUUCCUCCUCCUCUUCCUCUCAGAUAACUCCAUCACCGUCUAUGAAGUUGUCACUAGAGUCACGAAUCAACCGUCUGAUCAAUGCCAACCAAUCACCAUCACCGUCAAGGUCUAUAUACUCUGAUAGAUUCAUACCUAGUAGAUCCGGAUCCAAUUUCGCUCUCUUCGAUCUCGCUCCUUCUCCGAGCAAAGAAGACGGCGGCGCCGGCUCUUACGCGACUCUCUUGCGCGCGGCGAUGUUCGGUCCAGAGACGCCGGAGAAACGGGACAUCACUGGCUUCUCUACUUCGAGGAAUAUCUUCAGGUUUAAGACGGAGACGAAUCGGUGUUUGAAUUCUUUUUCUCCCUUUGUGUGUGAUGAUGGUGGUCCUGGUGUUAGUCAUGCUCCGAUCAAGGCCUCGAGGAAGGUCUCGCGAUCGCCUUAUAAGGUACUAGAUGCACCGGCUUUGCAAGAUGAUUUUUAUUUGAAUCUAGUGGACUGGUCUGCACAAAAUGUUCUUGCGGUGGGAUUAGGGAACUGCGUUUAUCUGUGGAACGCUUGUAGCAGCAAAGUAACUAAACUAUGUGAUCUGGGAGCUGAUGAUAGUGUUUGCUCUGUGGGCUGGGCCUUUCGUGGAACUCAUCUUGCUGUUGGAACUAGUUCCGGGAAAGUACAGAUAUGGGAUGCGUCGCGGUGCAAGAGAACAAGAACAAUGGAAGGACAUCGACAGAGAGUUGGAGCACUGGCGUGGGGCUCAUCUGUUCUGUCAUCUGGUAGUAGAGACAAGAGUAUUCUUCAGAGAGACAUACGUUGUCAAGAGGAUCAUGUCAGUAAACUGUCCGGUCACAAAUCUGAAGUAUGCGGACUCAAGUGGUCUUAUGACAACAGAGAGUUAGCUUCUGGUGGAAACGACAAUCGGCUUUUUGUAUGGAACCAACAUUCAACACAACCGGUUCUGAAGUAUAGUGAACACACAGCAGCGGUUAAAGCAAUUGCUUGGUCUCCUCACGUUCAUGGGCUUCUUGCUUCUGGUGGUGGCACUGCUGAUAGAUGCAUACGUUUUUGGAAUACAUCUACGAAUACUCAUUUGAGUUCCAUUGAUACUUGCAGUCAGGUAUGCAAUCUAGCAUGGUCUAAGAACGUAAACGAGCUAGUUAGCACGCACGGAUACUCCCAAAACCAAAUCAUAGUCUGGAAAUACCCAACCAUGUCCAAAAUUGCAACUCUGACAGGUCACACAUACCGUGUUCUGUACCUUGCGGUCUCACCUGAUGGACAGACUAUUGUAACUGGAGCAGGAGAUGAAACCUUAAGGUUCUGGAAUGUCUUCCCAUCCCCCAAAUCUCAGGUAGGCAUAGACGAAUGGGGCCAGAGAAAUAAAGUCAUCUUUGUUUUGGUUUAA